AUGCAACUUCCGACGGACAUCGCCAUCUCGACAUGUCGCCUGACCACUACCAAGACCUCUCAAAAGAGCAUGGAGACAAUAGAGCCUCUGCUCUCUCUAUUGGCAUGCCUGAAGCCAUCGAACAACCGACGUGGCAUCAACGAGGUCGGGGCUUGCUACCCUGGCCUCGCAUUUGGGGUGACGUGGGAGACCACGACCACCCCGCGUGCGUCACGGUCCCUCAUACCGGCGUUGGAGUCUCCGUGUCCGCCAAAAAACCUCAGUCAGCUGUCUGCGAUGUGGUACGGCGGACACGGCGAGUCCAACGCGGGAAUCUCGUACAUGAGAGGGCCGAAUGGCGAACCGGGACCUGCCAUUUCCAUCAUUAUGGCAGAUAAGUACAUCGAUAUCGACGUCGACCGAGGUGACGAUAUUGUCUACUGCGGAAGCAAUUCACUUGAUAACACCUCGAGCAACACUCCCGCCGAUGGCGGACCGCCCGUUCGGGCGCCUUCAAUCAUCAUGGCAGACAAGUACAGCGACAUCGACGUCGACCGAGGUGACGGCAUUAUUUACUGCGGAAGCAAUUCACUUGACAACACGUCGAGCAACACUCCCGCCGAUGGCGGACUGCCCGUUCGAGGCAACGCAGCCCUAUUCAAGCCCACAGAGAAGAAUAUUAGACUUGUUCGAAUAUGCUCCAAGAACCCUGAGCGGAUGCGCGCUCUUCCAUUGUUCGAAGAGCUACACCUAGCCCAGCUUCCGGGCGAGACUUUUGGCUCAAGAUACGCCAUCAAGAGAAAGCUGGAGAUCAUCAAGAGGUUUCCGCCCGAGGGACGAUCCGGAAAACAACAUCGCCAACAUGAACGCCCAUGGUUCCGGCAUUCAGACGAUUUGCAGAACAGCAACGACCAGGUUGUCGGUGGUUAUCUUCAAGAUCUCCCUGACCUCGAAGAUCUCCCUGACCUCGAUGAUCUUGACGCUCACCUUAGGGACCCUAGCUCAUUUGCUUUCACGGGCGCCGAGCAGAGUAUCAACUUCCACACGAGUUUCGAGGGGAUGCCCCCAAACGGUCCGGCCGACCAGUGCUUGGGCCCGACAGUCCUCCCAGAAAUUGAACAGGAGUGCUGGAAGCCUCCAUUUGCUACUGGAGGAGCAUCCCGGAUUGUGUCGGGCGUUCGCAUAGUCGCCCAGAAGGAGAUGGCCCCUCUGUAUACUCGUCUAUGCAUUGGGGAGGGGGAAGGAACCCCCGAGGGCAUCAAGGGUGCAGCGGGGGCGCCGGACACCUCUCGCGAGGUUUUGAAGAUUGGGUAUCUUCAUGGUCUCCUGCUCCUUCUGUGCGAUCAUCUCGCACAGAAGGAGAUGUUGCCCCAGUCAACUGAGCGCAUCGUUGAGGUCCAAGGCACACCCGAGGGCAUCAAGGGAGCGAUUUGGGAAAUCUGCAAGUGUCUCGUCGUCGAAUCUGCCAAUCGUCGACGAGGACCUCCAAGGAAGAACUCGGGCGCAGACAGGCAGCAGGAAGGACCACCGCCGCUGCAAGUUCAAGUACUACCAGCGCAGACAAAGCCGGUCCAAGUACCGCAACGAGGAGCCUGUCCCAGGAUGAUGUCGAUGGUUAUUUCACUACAAGCCGUCAAUCUCACCAUCGACAUCAUCCUCGGAAUACUUGAAGUCUUCGUCAUCGCUUGGAGUCUGGUGGUUAUCGGCUAG